AUGUCUAUUUCAUUUGAAGCUUUAGCAAUGGCAGGCAUAGACUACAAUGAAUGGGGUAUGGAUUUCGAGGAGUGGGAGCGUCCUGAGAUGCGUCCACCUCCACCCCAUUUAUAUGCUGACGAUUAUGAAGAACAUGAACAUGAAUUAGAAGAAGACGACAGAGUUAAAGAAGUUGCUAUGAAGCAACCGAGCUCUGUAAAUAAGUUGUGUAGAUUUACAGCAGCUGAAAACCAAUCGGAAGAUGUUUUAGUUGAACGAAAUAAAGAUGAUCAUGAUGAUUAUCGAAUGCAAUCAUCAAAAGAUAAUUAA